AUGUGCUGCAGACUAACGUUAGUCGCUUUUUAAAAAAAGUAAACUAUGUCUUUAAGUGAAGCCGCCGCCCCCUUUUCCCACGCACACACACAGACACACGUUCUCAGCUGAAGUCUUGUUUGUGUGGAUAGACUGCGACAGCUGCUGAUGUUUAGUUCGUCUUGCUGAAGUUGGGAAAAGCCUACGGGAUGCCGCUGGCUCGCAGCCUGUCUGUCACGUCCCUAUCAGGACUGGAGGAAUGGGACGAAGAGUUUGAUUUGGAGGACGCCGUUCUUUUUGAAAUUGCCUGGGAGGUUGCAAAUAAAGUUGGCGGCAUCUACACUGUCAUCCAAACCAAAGCCCGUCUGACCGCAGAGGAAUGGGGGGAGAACUAUUUCCUGGUGGGUCCCUACGUGGAAAGCAACGUGCGCACACAGGUGGAGUUAAUCGAGCCCACCAACCCCACACUGAAGAGAACCAUUGACAAAAUGAACUCCAGUGGAUGUAAGGUCUACUUUGGGCGCUGGCUCAUUGAAGGCAGCCCCUAUGUUGUUCUGAUUGAUGUGGGAUUUACUGCCUGGUCCCUGGACCGAUGGAAGAGCGAACUUUGGGAACUUUGUGACAUCGGCGUGCCUUGGUUUGACCGUGAAGCCAAUGAUGCUGUACUGUUUGGCUUCCUGACCGCCUGGCUUUUGGGAGAGUACGCGGCUCAAUGUGAGGAGCCUCCACACAUUGUGGCCCACUUCCAUGAGUGGUUGGCCGGUCUGGGACUGGUGUUGUGCAGACACAGACAUCUUCCUGUUGCAACCAUCUUCACCACUCACGCUACUCUACUGGGGCGAUACUUGUGUGCAGGGAAUGUGGACUUUUAUAAUAAUCUCUCAGAGUUUAAUCUGGACAAGGAAGCAGGAGAUAGACAGAUCUACCAUCGCUACUGUUUAGAACGGGCGGCCGCACACUGCGCCCAUGUCUUCACCACUGUGUCGCAUAUUACAGCCGUGGAGGCAGAACACCUGCUGAAGAGGAAACCAGACAUUGUUACUCCCAAUGGCCUCAAUGUGAAAAAGUUCUCAGCCAUGCACGAGUUUCAAAAUCUCCACGCUCAGAGCAAGAGUCGCAUUCAGGAGUUCAUCAGAGGACAUUUCUACGGACACCUUGACUUCAACUUGGACAAGUGUUUGUUUCUGUUCAUCGCUGGAAGGUAUGAGUUCUCCAACAAAGGUGCUGACAUCUUCCUGGAAGCUUUGGCCAGACUCAACUAUCUCCUGAGGGUGAACCACAGUGAUGUGACGGUCAUUGCGUUUUUCAUCAUGCCAGCUCGGACAAACAACUUCAACGUUGAGACUUUAAAGGGCCAGGCAGUCAGGAAACAGCUGUGGGACACCGCUCAUACGGUGAAGGAACGCUUUGGAAAAAAACUUUACGAAUCACUUUUAGUUGGGCAGCUGCCAGAUGUAUCAAAGAUGCUGGACAAAGAGGACUUCACCAUCAUGAAGCGGGCCAUCUUUGCCACCCAGAGACAGAGCCAACCUCCAAUCUGUACCCACAACAUGCUGGACGACGGCAGUGAUCCCAUCCUCAACUCUGUUCGUCGCAUCGGCCUUUUCAACAGUGCUUCUGACCGAGUCAAGAUUAUCUUCCAUCCAGAGUUCCUGUCAUCAACUUCUCCAUUACUACCAAUGGAUUAUGAGGAGUUUGUACGUGGCUGCCAUCUUGGUGUCUUUCCUUCCUACUAUGAACCAUGGGGCUAUACUCCUGCCGAGUGCACUGUCAUGGGAAUUCCAUCGAUUUCCACCAACCUGUCCGGCUUUGGCUGUUUCAUGGAGGAACACAUAGCAGACCCCACAGCGUAUGGUAUUUACAUCCUGGACAGGCGGUACCGAGGGGUAGACGAGUCCUGUAACCAGCUCACAUCCUUCCUGUUCCAGUUCUGCAAACAGAGCCGUCGCCAGAGGAUCAUCCAGAGGAAUCGCACUGAGCGCCUGAGUGACCUCCUGGACUGGAGAUACCUGGGCAGGUAUUAUGUGGCUGCCCGUCACAUGGCCCUGGCUAAAGCCUUCCCCGACACUUACAUCUAUGUCCCUCAUGAUCCUACAUCAACGUCAGGCUUCCGUUACCCCCGGCCUGCCUCUGUGCCUCCAUCCCCAGCAUUGUCGCGCCAUUCUUCUCCUCACCACAGCGAAGCCGAGGAUGACGACGAAGACGAGCGCUAUGAUGAGGAUCUGGAGGCAGAGAAAGACCGAGUGAACAUUCGCCAGCCCUUUAGCAUGCCGUUCAAAAAUAAGUCUUCUGUGCAUGGGGCCAACGGGAACAGCAAUGGUGUGAUCGAUGAGAAAAACUGACACACACACCCACAUACACACAAACAAUAUGUACAAUUCAUGCAACACAUUCUGAAAUUCACUAGUAACCUUCUAGUAAACAUCAAAACAGCUACCUGUAGAGAUUCUGUAGCAAAGCAAAUGAUACAUUGAAUAUUGGCUUUUUGUAAAAAAAAAUCUGCAUCAGUGUCAGUAUCUUCCCAACAUUUUCAUACCUCGUGAGUUUUUGGGUUCAAAAACAAUAGCUGUCAUUUUGACUGUAUGCUGACGGUAUUUUUUUAGUUACACCAGCAGGGAAGCUAAGGGGUUUUCACUGUGGAGUAAUAACAAUGGCUACAUUGAGCUUACUAACAACAUUAAAGAUGACACAAAGUGCUGGAUACCCCAGUGCAGUAACACUGGAUUACAUACAUAGAUAUUUAUGUGUAUUACUGUGAGUCUAGAAGAUAAUAUGUAUACUUACACACAGAAGUAGGAACAUCUUCGUAUAAACGUGUGUAGCCUCAGACAACUAGAAUGUUUGGUGUGACGAUAAUACUCUGUCUGUGAAGUGGAGGUAAAGUGAAACUAUCUCACACACAAAACAACAAAUUCAGUGGCAUUGUGUGGUUUCUACAUCACAGUCUUCCAUGAUGGCCGUUGAUGCAUGCAUUUAUUUUUGAAACAAAAGCGGUAGGAAAGUGCUUAAAAAAAGAGAGAUGUAUGACAAAAAGGGAGAUUUAUGAUAAGUUGAUCUGAUGUAUGUUUCACGCUUCAAACUGAAAGCAAAAACCUACAUUCUACACUCACGAUUAGCAUUUUAUUUUCCCCAUUCACAACAGAUGAACUUAUAAUAAAGUUUAAAUAUUUAAAUAUUUUACAAUCAA